AUGGUAUUUCAUCCAUCCACCCUGGAGUCAAUCCCAGAGAAUGAAGCAAUUCUUCUUUCCGAGAUAAUGAACCCUCAGCCUAAAGCCUCUUUCUCAAUUUGGAAAUGCUCGCACCCGGGUUGUAUUGCAUACCCAUACGCCAAGAGAGCCUUAUACUGCCGAAUAGUGCGACGACCUCUUUGGGCACUGAUUUUUAUUCUUGGUGUCCUCAACCUCCUCGCUGUUGCAACACAAUACCUUGGUGAUGUCUUUCGACACGAUCGCGCAUUGGGUGUUUUCCCCGGUGAACACCCCUCUAGGUUUUCCAACUGGUUUACGCACGGUGUCACCCCCAUACCAUGCCACUCGCACAACGACUACUGGCGCCGUGUUCCACUACGCUCGGCACUUCGUGCAGGAUGCACCAGCAUCGAGGUGGACGCUUGGCCAUGGGGAAAUGACAUUCUAGUCGGCUAUUCACGUCAGACAGUCCUCCGGGGAACAUUGCAGAGCCUCUAUUUUGAUCCCCUGCUGAAGAUGCUCGACACACACAAUGAGCCUCCUUCUCGCCACUGGCCGAAAGUCAUGGAUCAGGAGAUGAUUGGGGUGUUUUCCAACGACCCAAAGCAGACUCUGGCUUUAAUGAUUGAUUUCAAAAACGACGGCGAGCAGCUCUGGCCUCUACUUGUCGAACAGCUGAGUCCGUUUCGUGAAAAGGGCUACCUGACUCACUUCAAUGGUUCCGAUGUUGUAUACGGCCCGAUUACUGUCGUUGCUAGCGGAGAUGCGCCUCUUCACCUGUUGAUGGAGGAUGCGGCCUACCGCGACAUCUUCUAUGAUGCACCCCUUGACAACUUGACAUUUCCGACCGAAUUAGCGACAGAUGAUAAAAACCCAGUGGAUUCCACCUAUAACCCAUCCAACAGCUAUUAUGCAUCAGCAGACUUCCGCGCGGCUAUCGGGUCUCUCUCCCUUGGCCGUCUAUCGCAUGCUCAGAUCGCUAGGCUCCAGAGCCAAGUACAUGCAGCUCAUGAGUUGGGGUUGAAGGUACGGUAUUGGGGAACUCCCACCUGGCCGGUGGGACUACGGAAUCAUGUUUGGAGUGUACUUGUGCGUGAGGAUGUGGAUGUGAUAAAUACAGAUGAUUUGCGUGGUGCAACUAAGCAAGACUGGAAGUCUCAGCACUGGUGGGUUUGGUAG